CCCACAGAGCCUCCCCUGCCUGCUGGAGUCAUAUAAAGCCUCCCUAAGGCCUGCGUCACCCUGCCCACUGGUGACCAUGAAGGCUGUCCUCCUUACCUUGUUGGCCAUUGACUUGGCCCUGCAGCCAGGCAGCACCCUGCAGUGCUACUCCUGCAGGGCCCAGGUGAGCGACCAGGACUGCCGGAGCGUGCAGAACUGCACCCAGGCCCAGACCCAGUGCAGGACCGAGCGCAUCCGUGCAGUGGGGCUCCUGACGGUCAUCAGUAAGGGCUGCAGCUCCGACUGUGUAGAAGACGUGGAGAACUACUAUGUGGGCAAGAAGAACGUCACGUGCUGUUCCACCGACCUCUGCAAUGCCAGUGGGGGCCACAGUCUGCAGCCAGCCACCGUCCUGGGGCUGCUCGCCACACUCGGCAGCCUGCUGCUGUGGGGCCCUGGCCAGCUGUAGGCUCUAGGAGGUCCUGCAGCCAAUGCUGUCCCUGGCGUCACGACCUGACAAAGGUCUGACCCUCCCCCUGCCCCCCACCUCCCAUAACUCCCUCCAGGAUGCCUGACUGCCGGCGUCCACCUGCCCAGCAGGCUGGGGUGUGGUGUCUUGGAACAGCCUGCAGCUGGCCCCUCUGCCACGGGCCUCUGGUGGCCACUGUUUCCACAGUCCCCUUCACCCGGAGGUGCCUCUUCCUCCAGGAAGCCUUCUCUGCCCUCUUCUCCAGGAGUUGAGCCAGGGCCCUGCAAAGGCUAAGAGACAGACAGGGUGGAAGUGGGUGAGAGGAUCACAAGCCCUGGGAGUCUAGAUGUGGUCUAGUUGGGGGAGAG